AUGGUCGAACUGGGUGCAUUGCAGGUUGGCGAUCGUAUUUUACUCCGCACUGGUGACUCAAUUCCUGUAGAUGGAGUAGUGGUCGAGGGCACUGCCAGUGUUGAUGAGAGUCGACUCACAGGAGAGUCCAUUCCUGUCUAUAAGAGUGCGGGUUCCAAAGUUUUCAGUGGCACGCUGAUCGUUCAGGGAGCUCUGCCUAGUGUGGAGGUCAGCGGCAGAGUUGGGCGUACCCAGAAGGUUACCGAUCUGAUACAGGAAGCUGCUGGUCAGCGCACUCCUCUCCAGGACUCAGUCGAGACUUUUGCAAAGUAUUAUACACCAUUAGUGGUCUUGCUCUCAUUCAUAACGGGAGUCUACUGCUGGUCACUAGAGCGUGGCGUCAUUGUCCUUGUUGCUGCAUGCCCAUGCAGUAUAGUCAUGGCUGCUCCUGUUGCAUACAUGACGGCAAUCGUAACCGGACUUCGGCAUUAUUUUGGUACUGUGAUCAAGUCGCCCUCUGUUAUCGAGAGCUUAGCCAAGCUCGAGCUCGUCGCCUUCGAUAAGACUGGCACUUUAACACAGGGCGAACAUCGCGUCACGUCAAUAGAACUUUUCCCCGCAGCUGAGGGUCUCGAGGAAAGAGGAGCCUUGAGACUAGCAGCAGCUGUCGAGUCGCUGAGUCACCAUCCCCUGGCCAGCGCUGUUGUCAACUACUACACGGGUUGCACUGCCUCGUAUGUCGGCGGCUCGUCCUCGCUGCCUUCGGUUGAAAACUACAGAACGCUGGACGGCAACCUUGGGGUCGCUGGAUCGGUCGAAGGCAAAGAAGUAAUGGUCGGCGGUCCUGCUAUGUUGGAGAGUUUCCGAAUCCCUUUUGAGAAAAUCUCAAGAGGGGCAGUUGCCUCAAUAUUCGUUGUUAUCGACGACCAGGGCGAUCCUCUUGUAUCGUUCAAUUGCCUGACUCUGCAGCUGAACUAG